CUCUCUCUCUCUCACCCUCCCCCCCCUCUCCCCCUCCUCCUCCUCGGUCCUCUCUCCUCUCUCCUCUCCUGUCCAGAUUGGAGGUCGAGGUGGAGGCAUGUAGCACCGGAUUCACCGCGCCGCCGCCGAGCAGCAUGUAGCACCUGGAUCACCGCGCACAUCGCCUCCCUCCCUGCGCUCCUCCUCCGUCUUCUCUCCCUCCUGGAGCGGCCGUUUCUCCUUUCGGGAAAGCAUCGCCUGCACAAGGAUAUUUCGGGGAUUAUUUUGGGGCGGGUGGGGGGAUUUAUUUAUUUUAGAGGAGUGUGUGUGUGUGUUCAUCCCCGCCGCUCUGCACCUCUCGGUCGAUGGUCGUUGAGGAAGCUUCCAUCUUGAGUCCCGUAUCUACCGAGAGAACCAUGGCGAGCGACUCCCCUGCGCGGAGUCUGGAUGAGAUAGACCUGUCUGCACUACGGGACCCAGCUGGUAUCUUUGAGCUGGUUGAACUGGUUGGUAAUGGCACCUAUGGGCAGGUCUACAAGGGUCGCCAUGUCAAAACAGGCCAACUUGCUGCCAUCAAGGUCAUGGACGUCACAGGAGAUGAGGAGGAGGAGAUUAAAGCAGAGAUCAACAUGUUGAAGAAGUACAGCCACCACAGAAACAUUGCAACCUACUAUGGAGCCUUCAUCAAGAAAAAUCCUCCUGGCAUGGACGACCAGCUGUGGCUGGUGAUGGAGUUCUGCGGGGCUGGAUCGGUGACAGAUCUGAUCAAAAACACCAAAGGGAACUCUCUGAAGGAGGAGUGGAUCGCCUACAUCUGCAGGGAGAUCCUCAGGGGUCUGACCCACCUCCACCAGCACAAGGUCAUCCACAGAGAUAUUAAAGGCCAGAACGUGCUGCUGACUGAGAACGCAGAGGUUAAACUAGUGGACUUUGGUGUGAGCGCUCAGCUGGAUCGUACGGUGGGUCGGAGGAACACAUUUAUCGGGACGCCGUACUGGAUGGCCCCGGAGGUCAUCGCCUGUGACGAGAACCCAGACGCCACAUAUGACUUCAAGAGUGAUCUGUGGUCGCUGGGUAUCACAGCGAUAGAGAUGGCGGAGGGAGCGCCACCUCUGUGCGACAUGCAUCCAAUGAGAGCGCUCUUCCUCAUCCCCAGAAAUCCUGCCCCCAGACUCAAGUCCAAGAAGUGGUCGAAGAAGUUCCAGUCCUUCAUAGAGAGCUGUCUGGUGAAGAGUCACAGCCAGCGGCCGAGCACAGAGCAGCUCCUCAAACACCCGUUCAUCAGAGACCUCCCCAACGAGCGGCAGGUCCGCAUCCAGCUGAAGGACCACAUCGACCGCACCAAGAAGAGGAGGGGGGAGAGAGAUGAAACAGAGUACGAGUACAGCGGGAGUGAGGAAGAGGAUGAAGAGAGAGACAUUGGAGAGCCCAGUUCGAUCAUCAACAUCCCCGGCGAGUCCACUCUGAGGCGGGACUUCCUGCGUCUCCAGCUGGCCAAUAAGGAGCGGUCGGAGCUGAUCCGGCGCCAGCAGCUGGAGCAGCAGCAGAACGAGGAACACAAGCGCCAACUGCUGGCCGAGAGACAGAAACGCAUCGAGGAGCAGAAAGAACAGAGGCGACGGCUGGAGGAGCAACAGCGUCGGGAGCGAGAGCUGAGGAAGCAGCAGGAGCGCGAGCAGAGGAGGAGGUACGAAGAGAUGGAGCAGCUCCGCCGAGAGGAGGAGAGGAGGCACGCGGAGAGGGAGCAGGAGUAUAUCCGUAGACAGCUGGAGGAGGAGCAGAGGCAGCUGGAGAUCCUGCAGCAGCAGCUCCUGCAGGAGCAGGCCUUACUGCUGGAGUACAAGAGGAAGCAGAUCGAGGAGCAGCGGCAGGCCGAGCGGCUGCAGAGGCAGCUGCAGCAGGAGCGAGCGUACCUGGUGUCCCUGCAGCAGCAGCAGCAGCAGGAGCCGCCGCGACCGCCGCAGGACAAGAAGCAGCUGUACCACUACAAAGACCAGGCGCCCGGGACCAACGACAAGCCGGCCUGGGCCAAAGAGGUGAUGCGUCGAGCUCAGAGCAACUCGCCUCGCGUCCCUCCCAAGAAAUACCACUCCUUCAGGGAGCCGCGAGACGUCAACCUCGACAACCUCCUCUUACUCCCCGGUUACAAACCUCGCCGCCCCCGCCCCCCUUCCUACCCCGCACAUGUCAGCCCCUCCAGAGAUCACCUCCGCCUGCCACGAAUCCGUGUCACCUGCGUCCCCGAACACGACUCCUCCUCUCAGGCGGCGAUGCGCAGGCAGAGCCCCGACUCCAGGGGCUCCGACGCCAGGGGUCCCGACGCCAGGGGCCGGAGCCCAGGCCGCCGGGUGGAGGAGCAUUAUAAGAUGAACAGACAGACUUCUCCUGCAUUGCAGCAUAAAGUCUCCAACCGGAUCUCGGACCCGUCGCUGCCGCCGCGCUCCGAGUCCUUCAGCAGCGGAGGCAUCCAGCAGGCUCGGACCCCGCCCAUGCACCGCUCCGUCGAACCACAGAUGGCCCACCUGGUGCAGGUGAAGAGUCACGGCCUGUCAGGCUCCCAGUCUCUGUACGACCCUCACGGCGUGUCGUCCUCCACGGCGUCGCCUUCCCCCUCCCGGCCUCCCAUGCCCCGGCAGAACUCCGACCCCACCUCCGACACCCCUCCUCCCCCGCCCCUCUCCCGCCUGGCGCCCCCUCUCGACAAGCUGGACCGCAGCUCCUGGCUGCGGCAGGACGACGACAUGCCCCCCAAGGUUCCUCAGAGGACGACUUCCAUCUCUCCUGCUCUGGUCAGGAAGAAUUCUCCUGGAAACGGACCUGGUCUGGGACCGCGGGCUGGAGCACACCUCAUACGGGCCAGCAACCCAGACCUGCGGAGGACCGAUGUUUCCAUGGAGACGCCCCUGAAGAGGACGAGCAGCGGCAGCUCCUCCAGCUCCAGCACCCCCAGCUCCCAGGGAGGCUCUAACGAACGAGGUAAUUCAGUCCCAAAGACCGACGGUUCAACACUUUCAUCCCACGAGACCAAAGACGACAGCAGGGAGGUGUCACGACCCAGCAGGCCUGCAAGCUAUAAGAAAGCUGUAGACGAGGAGGAGUUGGACCUGACGGCUCUGGCUAAAGAGCUGCGAGAGCUGCGGCAGGGAGAGGAAACCAGCCGCCCGCCUGUCAAAGUGACGGACUACUCGUCGUCCAGCGAGGAGUCUCACAGCAGCGAGGAUGAGGAGGGAGAGGGCGGGGCUAACGACGGAUCGGUGGCCGUCAGCGAUAUCCCUCGCAUUAUGCCUGCAGCGAAUCAAGGUGCAAACGAGUCCUUCGGCAUGAUGGGAGGUCAGAACGACAUGCACGGCGACUCGUAUGGAAACAGCUCCCAGGACAGCACCCUGAUGAUGCGUGAGUAUGGGAUGGGCAGCGGCGGAGGCUCCAAGGCUUCCUUCACACCGUUCGUUGAUCCGAGGGUGUACGGGACCUCCCCGACCGACGACGACGAUAACAUCUCUGCCUCAGCGCUGUUUGCUGACGAGCUGCUGAAGCACGAGCAGGAGCAGGCGCGUCUCAACGAGGCCAGGAAGAUCUCCGUGGUGAACGUCAACCCCACCAACAUCAGACCGCACAGCGACACGCCCGAGAUCCGCAAAUACAAGAAACGCUUCAACUCUGAGAUCCUCUGUGCGGCUCUCUGGGGAGUGAACCUGCUGGUGGGAACCGAGAACGGCUUGAUGCUGCUGGAUCGAAGCGGUCAGGGCAAAGUUUACAACCUGAUCAACCGACGGCGCUUCCAACAGAUGGACGUCCUGGAAGGACUCAACGUCCUGGUCACCAUCUCAGGGAAGAAGAACAAGCUGCGUGUUUACUACCUGUCCUGGCUGAGGAACAGGAUAUUACACAACGACCCCGAAGUGGAAAAGAAACAGGGUUGGAUCACUGUUGGAGAGCUGGAGGGCUGCGUGCACUACAAAGUCGUGAAGUAUGAGAGGAUUAAAUUCUUGGUGAUCGCUCUGAAGAACUCGGUAGAGAUAUACGCCUGGGCUCCUAAACCCUACCACAAGUUCAUGGCCUUCAAGUCGUUCACUGACCUGCAGCAUCGCCCCCUGCUGGUGGACCUGACCGUGGAGGAGGGGCAGAGGUUAAAGGUCAUCUACGGCUCCAACGCGGGCUUCCACGUCAUCGAUGUGGACUCCGGGAACCCCUACGACAUCUACAUCCCCUCACAUAUUCAGGGUCAGGUGACCCCGCACGCCAUCGUUGUUCUGCCCAAGACGGACGGCAUGGAGAUGCUGCUGUGCUACGAGGACGAGGGCGUCUACGUCAACACCUACGGACGCAUCACCAAAGACGUGGUGCUGCAGUGGGGCGAGAUGCCCACCUCCGUCGCUUACAUCCACUCCAACCAGAUCAUGGGCUGGGGAGAGAAGGCAAUUGAGAUCCGCUCCGUGGAGACGGGACACCUCGACGGAGUUUUCAUGCACAAGCGAGCUCAGCGACUGAAGUUCCUGUCAGAGAGGAACGACAAGGUUUUCUUUGCCUCGGUUCGUUCUGGAGGCAGCAGCCAAGUCUUCUUCAUGACCCUCAACAGAAGCUCCAUGAUGAACUGGUAACCCUUCUCCUUCGACCCGCAACCCUCCUCUUCUUCACUCUGAACAUCGCCCACCACCCGGAGAGAGGAACAGAGGGAUGACAGGAGGACGGUGUGUGUGUGUGUGUGUGUGUGUAUAUGAGUGUGUGUGUGUGUGAAGUGCAGCGGACCGCCGAGGAAAUCAUUGACUGGAGGACGAGUAAACUCACAGGAGUGUGUCACCCACCUACAGUAGCUUCCCUCCAACCACAACGGCACAGACCCACAGACCCCUUGGGUGCCGGCCAGGCCAAGGUGACUCCACAUUACUGUCAGUAGAUGAUGCCUCCGCCUUCCCUGUGGACAUUUCGAUUUGGGCUGAUGGUUGUUCUAGAGAGUUUCAAGGACACUGGCAUCACGCCGAGUAGCCUUUGACUGAACGGGGAGCUGUGGACGAGUUCUCUGUGUAGCACACCGAUGAUUUUCUUACAGGGUGUUCACACUGCGAGUAGGUUUGUCGAUCCGUCGCUCCGCUCUGAUUGUUGGUGACGAUGCGGGUGUUCUGACUGCAUCUUUUUACUGCGCUGUGUUGUUAUAGUCAAUAAAUACUGCUGGUGAUUAAAGUAGCAUCAAAACAGGAAAAAAAAAAAAAACUCAAAAAAUGGAUGCAACACAUUUUGAGACGUGUCACCUGUAGAUGUUAAAAAUAAGUUUCAAAGAAGCUUUUGAUAUGUGUGAUGUGCAUCUAGUCUGAUUUGCACUCUCUUCACGGAAGUAUCUGCUUGGCAAAGCUAACCCACAACUUUUGCUUUGCUCAUUGUGGUCUGGUUAGAGGGCAUUGUCAAUCAGCGCUAAACCACAAUCUCUUUGCAUGCGACUGAGAGUGCAUCCACACUGAGCUGGCUAAAUCUUUCUUCCGUUUUUUGGCCUUACAGCCUCAUAAAGUCUGCAUUUUUAUCACCUGAAAACUGAGCUUUUCAAAAAAUUGGCAGAUAAAUCGGAGAGCUCCAGCUGUAGGUUUGACUGUGUAAAGGGGGAAAAUGAAGCUUUUACAAUAGAUGAUGACAUACAGUAAGCUUCCCAGACAGUAACACUGCUGAACAGAUGCACAAACCAUGAAGAUACGAAUCUUUAUGAAAACAUUGUUUUCAAAAUCAGCUGCGUGUAACCAAUCUGAGCCAAUCAAAUGAUAAAUAUAAUGCUAAUCUUUGUCAUAGUUUGAUGAUUGGUCUGGCUUCCAACUGCAGCAGCUCGACCGAUUCUCGGUGCAGGUUUUCUAGACUAACAUCUUGUAGCAAAAACUAAAGAUGAGCUGUCAGUUGUUCUGAUUGAAAUCUGACCCUCUGUAGGAAAUGAAUGCUCACAGUGUGAACACUCAUUCAGAAUACUGCUGCUAAAAAAAAAAGUCAAAGUCACUUCCCCAUUAGGAGAGGAAAGGACCAAAAAAAACCCACAAACAAGCAGUUAGUGCCACACGGGAAACGAGACAUUUUACACUUGUCACUGCGGAUGCUGCGCAGUCGGUUUCAGCUACUGUGGCGUUAACAGGUGUAUCUCUGUUAGGGGGGGAAGGAAGGUUGUAGAUAUUGUAUUAUAUCUGCAGCACAAUAACAAAAAUCUUCACACCAUUUCUCACAAGAAGAACUUGGCGUAGAGUAGUUGCCAACUUCUGGAAGUUUUUACUUUUGCUGCCCUUUGUUCUCCCCACCUUUUAUUCUGUCCCUGCUGUUCUGUGUGCACUGCACUCGUGUAAAUACUCACUUUGAUGUUAAGGACAGACUUUGCAAAGCAGGUGAGAACACUGAAGAAAAAAAUAACGGUCAUGCUUUUUUUUUGUUUUGUUUUGUUUUUUUUAAUGUCAUACCUCUGUAAAUCUGUCCGUACUGUAGUUUCUCUCAGAUGGGAGGGGUUUUCUGACCGAGGAGCAGCCGAGCGAGGACUUACGCAAAAGUUUUGUUUGGGUUUAACACCCCCGAGUUUGCUCUUUAUCUCUGUAGUUCAUCGCUGUUUAUUUAGUUGUGCAUUUUGCAUGAUGACAUACGAUGUUUUUACCUGUUCUCACUUGUAAGUUGAAUCGUAAGUUUAAGGCAAUACACUGGCUGGUCUGACUGUAGAAGCUGACAGACAAACUUUGAGCUGUAAAUUGAAAGAGUUUUGAAAUUAUUAGCUUAGCAUCUGGGCUUCUAUCAGUCAGAUAAGUUGAUAUUGUGCACUGGAUUAUUCUACAUUUUCCAUGGAAUUUAUAUUUUAGGCAUUUUAUCGAUGCUCAUACCCAGAGCAGCUUAUAUAGAGCGAUCAGGAAGGGGGAUGGGUUUCCUGUGCGAGGACAAAUUGGAUGAUAUUUUCUAUUUUUUAAGGGUUUACUCUUUGACGAUGGUCUCUGUAAACACUGGUGCGUGUGUGUGUGUGUUGGGGGGGGGGGAGGGGGGGUGGGGGUGGAUUGUGAUCAGGCUACGAUGAAAGGAAACUGGCUCAUCUUUUACUUAAUAUUCUUUUAUUGUUCAUCGAUCUGAAAGGAUGCGAUAGGUGUAAGCGAUGCCACUUUGCGGCCAGCUGAAGCCUUUUACAUGUGCAGGAUGUUUAACCCGACAUCCUGUGAAUAAAGGUCAGGAGGCAGGGUCAGAUGGAGAAACCAUAGAUAAAAGAUAUAUAUAUACUGUAAGAAUUUUCGUUAUGAUGAUAUCUUACUCAUCAUUUUAGAGAAAGACAAAAAAUAAUGUUCACUUAUUAAAGCUUAGUUGUCUUUCUACAGAAUAGAGAACAUAGCUAUAAGGAUUUCUAAAAAAAAAAACAAACAAACAAUGUUUUUAUCGUGGUAUUAUUUGUAUUUGUAUUUCAAUUUUUGUACGUAUCAAGACUGUGAACGUAUGUACGGCUGUCGGCGUGUGUGUGUGUGUGUGUGUGUGUGUGUGUGCGUGUGCGUGUGUGUGAGUGUGUAGGUGGGCAGGUGUGAGCACAGAAGUGUGUGACAUGCAUGUUGAGUGUAUGUUUUCACCUCGUCUGAAUCACUGGAAUCAGUCAAAAGACGACCUCAAUCUGGUAACACGCAUCUGUGAUGUUGGAAAUUCUACAAUAAAUGUCGGCUCCUUGUACAGCAA